AUGACGAGUCGAAGAAGCGAGGCCUUGGCGUCUUCGCUUGUCACUGGUAUAAAUCUUGCCAUGGCAAGACUGGUGGAUAUAUGGGACAGCAUUGGUAUCAUGGAGGAACAGAGGGUAGAACGUAUGCAGACGGUGAAGAAGUACAUUGAGGAUCUUUUGAAUGACAUGAUCACAGAAGAGGAAUCUCUGAGACAUCGCAUCAAAACGAAUAUUAUUACAACUCAGAAGCAGCUUGAGACAUUGUGCCUGGAACUGUCGUUAGAACCAUAUAAAUUGGAGGAGAACUUAACAGUUCUUCAGAUGGAGAAGAACCUUCGUUGGCGUUUGGAGGCUCUUCAGAAAGAGAAGAACGAGCGUUUGAAGGAACUGAAUGAGCUGAAACAGCAGGAUGAGGAGCUGUGUGUGGAACUUUGUGUCACACCAUACUACAUACCCACGGGCAGUUUACCCUCUCGCACUCAACUGCAAGAACUUCAGGAACACAUUAAGAAACUGAGUGAGGAGAAGGAGAGCCGAGUGAAGGUGUUCUCAGGGCUGCGAGAGGACAUUAGAAACCUGAUGGAGGAGAUGGGCCAUGAGCCAGAGACCAGCCUAGAAAGAGAGUCUGUUUGUCCUGAUGCUGACAUUUUCCUGCUCACACAUGAAAACAUAAAGGCCCUGAAGUUGCUGCUUAGCCAGCUGGAAGUGAAGAAGGAAUCUCUGAUUUCAGCACGAGACAAGCUUAAAGAGCGAGCCACAAGCCUGUGGACUCGUCUAGGUUGUCCAGAGCAAGAAUCUGAGAGGUUCCAGGACAACACAAGGAGAACUGUUAACGAUGACAUCAGACAGUGGCAGGGUGUUGUGGAUCGUCUUGAAGCGCUACAACGGGAGAAGUUGGAGGAGGUGAUUGACAAAGUCCGACAAGAACUGGUUGCUCUCUGGGACAAAUGUAUGUUUGGUCCAGAGCAGAGAGAAUCAUUCAAUUCACACUUUUGUGACAAUAACUACACAGAGGAGCUGUUGGCAGUACAUGACAGUGAGCUGCUGAAGGUGAAGGCAUACUAUGACACGGCCCGGCCUUUACUGGAUGCCCUGGAGAAGUGGGAGAGGAACUGGCUUCUCUACCAAGAUUUUGAGAGAAAGGCUGCUGAUCCAAGCCGCUUCUCCAACAGAGGUGGAGCCUUGCUUAAAGAGAGCAAAGAAAGAGUUCGAGUUCAGAAGAUGCUCCCAAAGCUGGAGGAGGAGUUGAGAGGGCGUGUGGAGACUUGGGAGAAAAGCCAGGGUUCACAUUUUCUGGUGCGAGGACAAAGGGUCAUGGAAUACAUAUCCAGCCAGUGGGCAGAAUAUCGCAUGCAGAAGGACAAGGAGAAGAGCGAGCGUAUGUCCAAGAAAGCAGAGACCACUCCAUUCAAAACCCCAACCAAGAGGCCCAAUGCUUCAGUCAGUGGCUCCACUCCCAGCAAAAUGAAGAGGCUGCCCAAUCAGCCGGUGAUGCGUACCCCCACAAUGAGUACUACUGGCAGUAGCAGCAGUAGCAGUUCUUCUAGCACUUUCUUGUGUGUACCCGGCAAGCCUCCACACCCCAACUCAAAGAGAAACAAGACAGUUGAGAGUAGUCAGCGGACGCCUCUUCAGGAGUACAACAGUGGAAAGAACGCCACUUACAUCAGUUACUCAGACUUCACGAGUGAACUUUCCAGGAAGGCCAGUCACGAAGCAGUUUUAAACUCAACAGUGAAAGAUGUUCUUUAA